AUGAAUAAACUGAAUAUCUCUUUGUCUGAGCUAUUAAAUAUGCUCAAAAUAGCUAAGGGCCACAUUAAAAAGGAUAAGGCUCCAGUUCUUCUUAUGAAAAAGACCUUUAAGAAAAAAUUAGACAUAAAAGGUUCGAAGAAAGGAUUGAACCCUAAAGGUGACAAGAAGAAGAAAAAGGAGAAGAAAACCUCUGGACAAGGUACCUACUUUUACUACAGUAAGAUAGGAUAUUGGAAAAAGAAUUGCAAGGUUUACCUUGCAUUUGUAAAGAUUGGUGCAAUCAAUGCACCAAAAGGUGUAUAUGAGAUACAUGCAAUUUUAUCAUUAAGUUCUUCUGAUUCAAACUCUUGG